AUGGCCUCUCCGUUGAGCCAGGAGGAAGAGGGAUUGUCGCCAAAUAAUAUUAACACUGCCGACCUUCAGCACCUUCAACGCUUUUCUCGUUCCCCCCAUCCGUACCAUCGCAAGGGUUCGAAACUCCGCGAGCCGCAGCCGCAAUCCGCAGAUCACGGCGACCGAUCCCAACCUCCCCACUGGUCCAAGACAUCCAGCGAUAGUGGAACUGAAGCCGAUGACGAGAGUACAGGUAUUCUGAAAGGCCUUCCGGCUCCUCCUCUACGUCCCCGGAAAGGGUUGCGAGCCGACUGGGGUGGAGUUGAGGACGUUGGCCCGUGGUUUGCGGGGCUGCCGUGGCCAUCGCUAGGACGGUCGAUAUCGCGGAGUCCGCGACGAAGCUCCGGAGAGGGAUCGGAGUCUGAGACUAUAGAGGCGCGAGAGAAACUGGAACGGAGGAGACGCAUUGAAGUGCUGCGGAGGCUGCUCGAGACCGCACUGCUGCUGUCUGUCGGCGGAGUUGUCUUGCGUCAAGCAGAUUCUCGCUCUCUGGCCUGGUCUUGGAGAAAAGAGCUUUUCGUUUAUGGUUCUCUCGUUACUGCGCUUUACGCGGCGUAUCCUGUACGGAUAUCCCGUUUGAGGCAUGGCCGUUGGCGUGGUCGGCUUUCAAGACUAUUCACCUUUAAGAUCCCACUCAGCUUCGACCCAGCUCCUCUCCUAUAUCCGAUAUUUAUACCAAUUUUCGUUUCUUUGUCCUUGUCACGCCACAGCCCUUCUCUAGUACUGCCGAAUAUUCUCCUCAGUCUUUCAGCUCUACCGACAUCAGUUGUUCCCUUACAGGAAUGGAUCCAUGGCCAUAGUAUAUCCCAUUGGCUGGUGACAUUGGUUCCCAUUAUUGCUUCGGAGCACUGGUCCUGGGAGAACACACUGCCCAAACCCUUAACACUUCGCGGCCUCGAUUCGGAAACUUUGUCUCUUGUUUUUCCUUUGCAGCAAGCAUUGAUACCCACUCUAGAUUUUCUUUUGACUACUAGCAUUCUUCCGGCUGAACUGCAGCUCUUGGCGACCGCUUUGAUUAAUCUGUUUCUUUUCGCGACUUCUCCCCAGGCGGAGAUCCUCAAAGCAUUAUUAUGGCUUGGUGGUUUGUGCAUCUUCAUCUCUUGCCGACAAAUCCUUCGCUGGGAAGUGGCCUUGGCUAGGAUUCCUAGUUGGAAGUUCCGACGGUCUCCCAGGGACUCACAAUCGCCGAAACACCUCCUGAAUAUGAUAGACCACAAGCUCUGUGAAAGGCUAAGCCGUGCGGGUUCUUGCGAGGAUCCCAUGUCGGACAGUGAUGAUCCAGACAGCUACCGUGUAUUGAAGCCGCGCAAGACGGCGCGUACCUGGCGGGAACCGCAAGUGAAAGCAUCGGGCGAACCGGCAUCUGCCAUCGGAAACAUCACUGCCGAAAAAGCCUUUCAACAACAUUCUAAAGCCGUCCACCGAAGACGACAUACAAUCUCAACCUUUGAGGAGGUUGCACGCUCAGAUCGGGUCAGGACCACUCCCAGUGGCCGGCGAAAACGUUCAAUGGCCCCUGGGCUUGCUUCAUUUCUAUCGAUGACGGUGCCCCAGGCGCAGGUACGCAAAUGGCUAUAUGCCCUAUACGUUUAUGCUGCGGUGCUGGCGAUUAUCCUUGGACCCGUUCGGAAAUAUGUGAGCGAAAGGGCACUACGUGGGGCUGAGCCUUUCGGAUGGGCACUAGGCUAUCUGCUUGGAAAUGUGUCCUGGUUUAGAUUCUGGGUCCUCAUGUCGAAUCUAGACCAUUGGAUACCGCUUCCCUCUCGCCUGGAUACUGAGGGACUUGAUGCAUCCUGCUUGCUGGGUUGGGUGGAGCGUCUCCGCCAGGGCACCUUUGGUGAAGCCAACACACGUCUCUUGAUUAGUGCUUAUUGCAUUUUGGUGCUCUUGACUGGCAUGGGGAUUGUUCUUCGGCUGAGUUCUACUACGGAAGUAGACACCCGGCGUAAAGUCUUCCAUGGUAUGAUGGUGUUGAUGCUCCUACCGACGAUUUUCGUUGACCCGGCCUUUUGCGCACUCGCUCUGGCGCUUGUCCUAUCCAUCUUCCUUCUGCUGGACCUGUUCCGAGCUUCCCAGUUACCACCAAUUUCUCGACCAUUAACCUACUUCCUUGCUCCAUACGUUGACGGCCGCGAUCACCGCGGACCGGUCAUCAUUUCGCACAUUUUUCUCCUGAUUGGAUGUUCGAUCCCUCUUUGGCUUUCCUUGGCCGGUAUUCCCCGAGUGGAGGAAAUGCCCUGGAGCGGAUGGAACAUACUCUCACGGGAUGUCAGCAUGGUCAGCGGCGUAAUCUGCGUGGGAAUGGGAGACGCAGCAGCGUCAUUAAUCGGUCGUCGAUUCGGACGUCUCAAGUGGUUCUGGGGCGGAGGCAAGUCGCUCGAGGGAAGCGUUGCUUUCGCCGUUGCCGUGUCCAGUGGUUUGCUCUUUGCCCGGGCAUGGCUCUUCGUGGGGCAAUGGCCGGUGAACGGGACCGAUCAAGCUGAUUUCUUCUGGCUCUGGACUGUAGUUAAAGCCAUGCUUGCUGCAGGAGGAACCAGUGCGACCGAAGCAAUUCUUACGGGCUGCAAUGACAACGUGGUGGUACCGAUUGUGCUCUGGUUAUUGGUGAGAGGGCUUGGUGUUUGA